CCUGAGGAGAAGAAUAAAUUUGACGGGAUUUUUGAAAGUCUGGCACCUGUCAACGGCCUUCUGUCAGGAGAGAAGGUCAGACCAGUCCUCAUCAAUUCCAAACUACCUCUAGAUGUCCUUGGCAAGGUUUGGGAUUUGAGUGACAUUGAUAAAGAUGGCCAUCUGGACAAGGACGAGUUUGCAGUGGCCAUGCACCUUGUGUAUCGGGCCUUAGAGAAGGAGCCGAUUCCCGCACUCCUCCCCUCUGCCCUCAUCCCUCCAUCAAAGAGGAAGAAGAGCCUCUGCUCAGUGCCAGGUCCUGUUCCUGGACUACCAGCCAGCCCCCCACCACUAAAAGACUCACUACAUUCCACACCCUCCCAUGGCAGCAUGACAUCACUCAACAGCACCGGCAGCCUGUCACCCAAACACACUCUCAAGUCAGGACCGCAUUCACUGAACUGGGUGGUGCCAUUGUCAGAACGUGGUCGCUAUGAUGACAUCUUUCUGAAGACGGACGCAGAUCUGGAUGGCUUUGUCAUUGGACAGGAAGUAAAGGAUAUCUUCAUUCAAUCUGGACUUUCUCAGAACAUCCUUGCACAUAUAUGGUCUUUGGCAGAUACAAGACAGAUAGGCAAACUGAACAGGGAGCAGUUUGCCCUUGCAAUGCACCUCAUCCAUCAGAAAGUAGGCAAGGGUAUUGACCCACCCCAAGUCCUCACUGUUGACAUGAUACCUCCGUCAGAGAGAGGAACUCCCAUACCUGUAAGUAAAUCACACAAAUUUUUCAUCUGA